AUGGCGGCUCUUCCUCCUAAUUGGGAAUGGGAUUAUGAUGGCACCCGCUGGUUCUAUCGCUACAAGCCAAAUGGCCAUGUCCAAUUCCACUUCCCCAAGGAGGGCGACGAGUUUCCCGACUUUUUCGACGCCAUGACGCCGAUUCCCGACCUCUCGCCCGAAGAGAAGCUCGAGAGUCAGCAGCAGAUGAAGAGACGGAUCGGCGGGGACCCUGACCCGAAGUCCCAAAUGCGUGCGACUGGAGGACCCCUAGCCGACUUUGGGAUGAGCAGGAGCGGUUUCGGAGGGCCGCUUGACGACGACGAUGGGGCGGGAUUCUUUUACCAACCUGAGAACUUGAUGUAUCUCGGGCCUGGCGCAUAUACUGAUAUCAGCCCUCUGGCCGACGAGGAUGAGCGGGACGAGAUCCCGAGGGAUAGGCGGAAAAGCAGGGACAGCGCGAACCCCAAGAAGGAGAGGACGACUCUGGAACUGGCUGGAAGCGACAAAACGGGAGUGUCGCCUCUGCAAAGCGAGACAAAUACACCUUCCGUAAAGAACAGCGUCCCCGUCCGAGAGUCUGCUGCCGUGCCGGAGUUGGUGGCAGAGGAGGCUGUGCUGAUCAUCAACACCCAAGAACUUCCCGGGCCAAGUCAACCAGCGAUCCCGUCUCCUGGAGUACCGCUGCUGGACUCCGUUGAGAAGCCCCAUCCGACAGCCGACCCGGCCGUCCAGUCACCACCUUGGGAUCCUGUCGGAUUCGUGGCAGAGAUGGCGACAGAACAUACCGCGCCUGCGCACAUUGAGACGCAUCCUGACCCAGUCGAGAUGGGCGAUAACGCUGUCCUGGCACCGAUAGAGACGCGGAUCGUGGACCCUGGCAUUGCUGAGCUUCCCGAGCGGACAAACGAGCAUGAGUGA